AUGCUCGCGAUACUGCGGUUUGUUUAUUUUCUUUCUUUCCCCCCCUUUUUGGAGUUCAUUUCCACGCUUUCGAUGUACCUAUGCAUGCCUUGUUUGUCAUUUUACUUCUCUCAGACAUUCAACCGCGGCCCCGGAGCCAAAUUAAGUGCAAAGACAUGGGGCGCUCUGAAAUGGCAGACAACUUUGAGGUCAUACAGCUUCCAUCCCUUGCAUCAAAUGUGGACCCCCCGUCCGUCCCGUGGCGGCCCCCGGCGAUCUCGAAACCGAUGA